AUGGGCUUCGUUUUGUGGGGGUUCUUGACUGAUUUCUUCACCUAUGAGACCACCAAAUCUGUGGUGGUAAAGAGCUGGUCUGUGGGUAUCAUCAACCGGAUUGUACAGCUGCUCAUCAUCACCUAUUUUGUCGGCUGGGUCUUCAUCCAUGAGAAAGCUUAUCAGUCAAGCGACACCAACAUUGAGUCCUCCGUGAUGACCAAAGUCAAAGGCUUUGGUUAUCUACAAAACCAAAACCAAAAUGAGAACUAUCAGAAUCGUGUGAUGGACGUGGCUGACUACGUAUCGCCCCCUCAGGGUUCAGGCGUGUUCUGCAUCAUCACCAAACUCAUCGUCACUGAAAAUCAGUUCCAAGGACGAUGUACAGAGACUGGGAAGAAAUUUAGAUGUUCUUCUGAUGAACAUUGCCGAAAGUAUGUUGGCAGCAACCUUUACAAUGGUGUAAUAACAGGUGCUUGCCUUAAAAACUCCAAUGAGUCCCAUGGCAUGUGUGAGAUGGAAGGAUGGUGUCCAGCUGAAAAUGAUGCCAUCGAAAUUGAACCAAUGGAUGUGAACAGCUUCACUAUUUUCAUCAAAAACAGUAUUCGUUUCCCUCUUUUUAAUGUCACCAGAGGGAACUUUCCACCCACAAUGACAACCGAACAAAUCAAGAAAUGUAUUUACCAUCCAGAGGACGACCCCCUUUGCCCCAUCUUUCGUGUGGGGGAUGUGCUGAACUACACCGGUCAGAAUAUAACCGAACUGUUAAGCAGGGGUGGAGAAAUAGGAAUAAACAUUCAGUGGGAAUGUAACCUGGACUUAAACAUUGAAAAAUGUAUUCCCAAGUACUCCUUCACACGACUCGAUGCUCCAUUUGCCAAGAAUGCCGUGUCCAAAGGAUACAACUUCAGAUUUGCCAAAUAUUUCAAGACAGAGAAUGGGACUGAAUUUCGGACUCUUCAUAAAGCUUUUGCGAUCCGUUUUGAUGUUAUGGUCACUGGCAAAGCAGGAAAGUUUAACACAAUCCCAACCAUGAUCAACUUGGUAGCUGCCUUUACCUCAAUUGGACUGGGCGCGGUUCUCUGUGACAUCAUCUUACUAAACUUCUUGAAAGGGGCAGAGCAGUACAAAGCCAAAAAGUUUGAAGAGGUGUCAGAGGCUCAGAUAGAAGCUUCCAUAGCUCAGAGUCCGGGGAGCCAGCUGUCACUCAAAUGCAUGAAGAGCUCCUGUGACUCUGGAGCACUUUCUCUCAACACCUAUGACCAACCUCUCUAA